AUGAAAAUGUGCCUGUGGCCUCUGUCGAUGACGAGCUUUACACCUGCCUGUAAAACUACCUUACUCUAUGCGUGUUUGGAUCGCCAUCCCUUGACUUCCUUGCGCCUUCUGACAGGGACGGUCGUACCGCUAGGGGAGAGUCUGAAGACUCCACUAUGCGUGAACGCAUGGACCAGGUUUUCGAAGCUUUAUUUGAUGUUCCAAAACUUAAUUAUGAAGUUGAAUUAA